AUGGGACGAGCACUGCCUUCAACGAAUCAUGGUCUCGGUGAAGAUCCAUGCACGCUCGGAAUCGAGCAUACUCCUGAGGGAGAAACCAUGCGGGAUGAGAUCCAUAGAAGCGUUGCUCGAAACAAAAACCGUCUCGUCUGUAUGGAGGAUGCUUUUGAACUUAUCGCUACGGAUGAGAUGGAGUACGAAUAUUCGGGCAGUGACGAUGAGGAACCAAAUCCCAUAGAGCCGUCUUCUCAUCGCGACGAUUCUGAAGCGGCAUCCAUGAUGCCUGCAGAUAGCAGCACAUUGCGCAAAGGAUUCCAACGUAUUCAAGAAGCCAGUCGAGAGGCAUUCGAACAUGCUGGCGCUCAACAGUUGAAGCGAAUAGUUCCUAAUGAGCGACUACCCACUGCUAGCCCCCAUCACCAUGUGUACAGGUAA